AUGCUCUCCGUUAAAGAGGAACUUGUUGUAUCUCGCGAGGAUCUUUCAGCCGCCGUGGCGUGCUUCCCCAACCUCACCCACCUGCAUCUCAGUGACAACAGCGUCGAGACACUCAACGACGUCUUCCUUGCUCGCCUCGCUUCAUCAUGCCCGAAGCUGACUCGCCUCCACGUGGGGAGGAGCUUUGCACAUCCACCAAAGGAGGGCGAUGUCCACCCAGUCAAGGAGUAUCGCAGGAAGGAGGGGCAUUCAAUAACUACGAAUGGCUUGGAUUGCUUCUUCCUGAAGUUGCUUCGCUUGGAGGAGCUUUCUCUCUUCUGCCUCCACCAAGCAACGCAGCUACCGGACUCAUUUUUCCAGCUGAAACAUCUGCACACCCUUGUUGUGAAUAAUGCUGCAGCACUGGAGAAUCCCGGUUUUACAAAUCUUACUGCUCUUACCACCCUCUGUGUCACCUUCCCCUGGAAUUCUCAGCACCUGUCCACCCUCCGUCACUUCCCACGACUCACCCACCUCUCCACCGUCGCCCGUCACCACAACCAUCAGCCAGCGGGUGCUGCAAGCGUAACGCUGCCGUCCUGCCUGAAAUUGAUCAAUUUCUUUUAUCUUUGCCCUGAAUUCGACACCAUCUUCCCAUCAGCAUCGCCGUUCACCGGGCUAGAGGAGCUGCUGAUCACCCAGUGCCGUGAGCUGGAGAACCUUCCUGACGACAUAGGAGACUUGCUCCCAAGCCUUCGCAAGCUGACCAUCCGCGAGUGCUUUCACUUGGAAACCCUACCUGAAAGCUUCACUUCUCUUAAUCGUUUGGAAGCCCUCAUCAUCUCUAUCAGUGACGCAUUCAGCUUACCUGACAACUUCGGGAACCUGCCUGCCCUCAAACUGCUGGUGUUGGAAGAAUUGCAAUUUCGGGCUCUCCCUCCGUCCUUCUGCCAUCUCACGGAAGGCCCGCCCCAUGUUGUGGACAUCUCCCGGCUGUCGCAUCUGAGGGUGCUGAAGCUGACCUGCGUUGGGGUGCGAUGUGGGCGUGUAGUGAGGAGGAGGUUAUCGUGUCUGCAGCAGCUGGAGCAGCUGGAGAUGCGUUUGGAAGGAGGCAGACAGGAGCUCCCAGUCCCCCUCACCUUUCUCCCUCGCCUGCGCAGCUUGCUGAUAGAGGCACCGGGAAUUCGCAGGCUCCCGGUAAACAUGGCUGCAGCGUUGCCACAGCUGCGGCAGCUGCAGCUUCUUUCGUGGUCACACAAGGGGCUGCCAAGCAGCAUAGUGGAGCUUAGCUCGCUGACGUCACUCACCGUUGAAGCUCCUCAGCUGAAGUCACUACCUCAGGGCAUGACCUCCUUAGUUCGGCUGCGCAAACUGGAGCUGAUUCGCUGCAACGCCUUGCGGCAUCUACCGGAAUCUCUCACGCAGCUGCACCAGCUGAUACUGCGCAACACUUCCAUGCUCUCCCUUCCUGCAAAUCUCGUGCGGCUGACGGAGUUCCAGUUCCAGAUCCGCACCUGCUUCUCCUGCACUGAUUCACACACUAAAGCCCCUACAAUACUAUCUCCCUCAUCCCUCGCCCCUGGCUCUGCAUCUGCUUCUCCUAUACCAACUUCCAUCCCACAGUUGCAGGCAGUGGCAGGACAGUGGGAGGGCAGCGAAGCUGCUGGCAGGGGAGUGAAGCUGCUGCCAGGGGAGUGA